GACUCACUGAUGGUACCAGUUGGGAACAUGACAGUUAUUUGCUUGGACACCAUAGAAGAAGAACAGGAGAAGGCCAGGUUCUUUUCCCAAAUUGAGGCGGGGCCUUUAUCCACUAUAGAUUACUCCAAGCUGAACAGAGUGCUGGACUCAACAAGCUCUACCCUCGCUACUCACCACAGGGAAGCUGAUGCAGAGGGGAAGCAGAGUGAAGAUCAGAGGAGAGUCACAGCGAUCAGCAGGGAGUCUCCAGGAUCUCCACAUUACAGUGAGGAUUUUGAGGAAGAGGAAAAUGAGAAAGAGCCGCUGGAGGAGAAACCGAAGAUGUCUUCAAUUCUUGCCAAAGUUUCUCUGCAUGAUUCCCUGGAUGACACAGCAGACAGAAGAAAGGACUCAGCAGGGUCACUGGACAGAGGGCGGGCCUACGUGCAGAGUGGAGGCUCAGAUAUGGAGGCUGUCCAUGAGGCCUACAGGCAGAUCCAGGUUGUGGAGGAUUCAGAGGACCAUCAUCUCCAUUAUUCUUCUCUGGAAGGAAGGGUGGGCCUCACCAUCACCCCACUUCCUCAACACAAGCAGUCUCUUCAGCCGGCUGAUACCAAUGAGUCAGAGCUCCCCACUGCAGAGGAGUUGAUGAGACCCAUCCGUCCGGAGCAGGAUGAUGUCAGAGGCUUCACCCUCCAGCCUGUCAGGUCAGGAUUCAUUUUACUUUGA